AUGACCAGAAAGCAUCGAUCUGCGUACACACAACCGCACGAAUCGUUUCUCGCAGCAACUAUAUCCAGUAUCGUGAACCAAGAUACCGGUGAUCACAGUGCAUCUCAACCCGCCCCUUAUGCUGAAACCAGUGAGGUCAAUGUUGGCUAUGUUCCGACACAAAGUCUUUUCGGGCCCCUGGAUUCUCCUGGCGUUUCGAAUGUACCUGCCCAGAUGACAUUGAUGGAUCAAUGUGGCUCUGAGGAGUCACAACUCCGUGUACCGCUGGACCAAUAUCUUCCCUUACCAACCUCGGCAGAUCCAUCACUAUUUCCCAGUCCUAUGUUCAAGUUACCUUGCGCUCGGCAGUUUUCUCUGCCGAAUGCCGGACGUUCCCAGGUAAUCUAUUCCGCACCAGAAGUAUCCAGCGCUCAAAUUCCGUCAGAGUCGAGAGCACUGAUGGAGUACGUGAAAUCUUGGUCUCUUGAUGCCGCCAAACGUCAAGCUGAGGCCUUACGUUCGGCACAGGUAAUACCUGAAACUUUGAAUGUGAUUUUAUGCUCAGGAAAAGCUUUUCUACUCCGUUUGUUACGUUUUGCUACUCCCAUGUGA